AUGGCUCCGAACCAAGUGGUCCAAGCCAUCGUUGACCUCUCAGCUGGAGCCAUAGGUGGCACAGCCUGUGUGUUUAGUGGCCAGCCAUUUGACACUGCCAAAGUGAAGAUGCAGACAUUCCCUUCUAUGUACAGAGGCUUUGUCCACUGCUUUGUGUCCAUCUAUAAGCAAAUGGGGCUACGUGGCUUAUAUCAGGGCACCACACCCGCUCUGGUAGCCAACAUCGCUGAGAACGCAGUGUUAUUUAUGAGCUAUGGCUUCUGUCAGAACGUGGUACGCUUCGUAUUAGGAAUAGACAGAGGAACGGAACUCAGUGACGUUCAGAAGGCAUGUUCAGGUUCUGUGGCUUCCAUCUUCUCCUCACUGGCUCUGUGCCCCACUGAGCUGGUGAAAUGUCGCCUGCAGGCCAUGCAUGAAAUGGAGGCGUUGGGGAAGAUUGCAAGCGGCCAGAGGAGCACAGUAUGGUCGGUUUUGAAGAAUGUACUCCGCACGGAUGGGCCUCUGGGUUUUUACCAAGGUUUAACCACCACUAUAGCAAGGGAGGUCCCAGGCUACUUCUGCUUCUUUGGGGGUUACGAGUUUAGCCGCUCAGCAUUUGCAUAUUCCAUGGGCAGAGACAAGGAAGACAUUGGUAUAAUUCCCCUUAUGUUCAGUGGUGGAUUUGGCGGUGCCUGUCUAUGGCUGUUAGUCUAUCCCAUAGACUGUGUGAAGUCUCGCAUCCAGGUUCUCUCCCUCGCGGGCCGACAGGAGGGGUUCCUCAGGACUUUUAUUGCCAUAAUACGCAAUGAGGGAGUGGCACCACUCUAUUCAGGUUUAACCCCUACAAUGAUUCGAACUUUCCCGGCUAACGGAGCGCUCUUCCUGGCCUAUGAGCUCAGCCGUAAGACGAUGAUGGAACAGUUCAACAGCUAA